UCUUAUCUUAUCUUUUUCCUCCUCAUUCUCUUUCCUUUCCUUUCUUUUCUCCCAUUCAUUUUUGCAGCGACAAUGGCAGAGGAAAUGCAGCAGCAGCAGGACAUGUACGAGGGGAAGGUGAAGGCCACCAUAAAAGAGGCGACGGCGGACCAAGUGUGGCCUCUCCUCGCCGAUUUCUGCGGCAUCCACAGGUGGAUGCCGAGCGUCGAAACACGUCUGGACGUAGGCGUCGCCGGAGAGAUCGGCUGCGUCCGGCACUGCGCCACGAAGGACCUGUCACCAGUCAACGGCGAGAGCGUGGGGUGGGCAAGGGAGAGGUUGACGAGCAUCGACCACGCCAGCCGGAAGCUGAGCUACGUCGUCGUGGACAACAACAUCGGCUGGAGGCACUACAAGGCGGAGUGGGAGGUCGUCGACGAGGAGGAUGCUGGAGGGUGCCGGGUCGAGUGGUCGUUCAGGAUGGAGCCGGACGAGGAGUGGGGCGAAAAGCCGCUAGGGCCUCUCGUGGCGUCUGCUUUGGAGACGAUAGCCCGGGCGAUUAAUGAGGAGUUCCUUGCAAGGGAUGAUGGUGGUCAAGGCCGGUAUGCCGUAGACGAGAGGCAGUAACGUGGCCGACUCCCUUGCCGGCCGGCAGUAGGAAGAGGGUUCUUACAUGACGUUUUUCUGUAGUUUUCUCUUCAUCUGCAAUUGUGGUCGGAACAUGACAAAACUUCGUGUCAGAUUUCAACUUUCAAGUUUUACUUUCACAGUGCA